UCAGCAACAUUAAUGGGGCCAUGAGGCAUCCAGCUCAUGUCUUCAAUGCUUAGCUAAAGUGGGAAUUAGCCAGCAGUAAUGCUGCUCAGAGCACUCUGUCUGCUCUGUAGUCUGGGGGGAUCGACAUGGGGAGCACCAGCAAGGUGGUCCACUUUUGGAACAGGAGGCAGAGUCUGUUCCCCAACUACAAAGUCACAGAUUCAGACCUGAAUCGCAGACCCUCGGAUAUUGCUUAUCCUCUGGCCAAGGAAAGCCUGGUAAAGACAUGGAACUCCAUGCAGGAGCUGAGCAGAGACAUCUACGACAUCUACGCAGAGUACGAGGAAGAUGAGGAUGACAGUGCCCUGUACGGCUUAUCCAAGCAGAUCACACCCACCAAGAAAAACUACAUGAUCAACAUCAAUGUAGGGGGGAAAUCAUUCCAGAUCGCCUACAAGAUGGCAUCAAAGUACCCCAAGACCAGAAUAGGACGUCUGGCCACUUACACAGACCACAGCAUGAAGCUGGACCUAUGCGAUGACUACAAUGUGACCAACAACGAGUACUUCUUCGACAGGGACCCUGAUGUCUUCCACAGCAUCUUCAACUUCUACAGGACCGGCGUGCUGUGGAUCAAGGACGAGUUGUGUCCAAGAAACUUCCUGGAGGAGAUCAACUACUGGGGUGUGAGGAUCAAGAACACCCACCGCUGCUGUCGCAUCUCCUUCGAGGAGAGGCAGGACGAGCUAAACGACCAGCUGAAGAUUCAGAGGGAGCUGGAGGCCGAGGUAGAGAUUGAGGAGAAUGAGGAGCUCUUUCAUGACAUGUUCAUGGGACAGAAGCGACGAUACAUCUGGAACUUGAUGGAAAAGCCAUUUUCGUCCGUCAAGGCCAAGCUGAUGGCGGUGGCCUCCAGUUUGUUUGUCCUGGUGUCUCUGGUGGCGAUGACUCUGAACACAGUGCAGGAGAUGCAGUACAGGACUCCCACAGGUCAACUCAGUGGUAAGACUUACUGGGAAUACGUAGAGUCCAUGUGUAUCGCCUUCUUCACCAUGGAGUACCUGCUGCGCCUGGUGUCCACACCUGACCUCAUAUCCUUCAGCAGGAGCGUGCUCAACACUGUGGACCUGAUCGCCAUCCUGCCUCAGUAUGUGCAGGUCAUCCUGGAGUUCUUCGACAAUGAUGAGAACUACAUGAAGCACGAGGCCGACAUACAGGCGGUGGGGCAGGUGGGAAAGCUGGGCCAGGUGUUGAGGAUCAUGAGAUUGAUGCGGAUCUUUCGUAUCUUGAAGCUUGCGCGACACUCCACAGGUCUGCGGGCGUUUGGCUUCACUCUGCGUCAGUGCUACCAGCAAGUUGGCUGCCUCUUCCUUUUCAUCGCCAUGGGGAUCUUUAGCUUCUCGGCCAUGGUGUACACUGUGGAGCACGACAUGCCACAGACAAACUUCACCAGCAUUCCUCAUGCAUGGUGGUGGGCAGCUGUCAGCAUCUCCACUGUGGGCUACGGAGACAUAUACCCGGAAACCAUCCUAGGCCGUCUCUUCGCUUUCAUCUGCAUCUCUUUUGGAAUCAUCCUUAACGGACUGCCCAUCUCCAUCCUCUUCAACAAGUUCUCAGACUAUUACUCCAAACUCAAGUCCAAUGAGUACACAGCCUCCCUAAAGAAACGAGGGAAGGUCCGGUUUUCCAAAAGGACAGUAAAGAAGCUCAGGAACUUUGUGGGAAACCAAAACUGUCACUCAUAUUGAUUUCCCUUGUUGCUUCUUUUAUAAAGAAAUCGUGUGCUUCACUGUAAAACUCAGAGAAAAGGGGGUGUGAUGGUGGAAAAUCGAUAGAACGAAGACAUAAGACAGGGGUUAAAACCACAGUAUAGUACCAAAUCUGACAAGUUCCAAUAAAAGUGUCAUCUUAUGAGGUUGAUCAGCUGGUGAGGGAUCAUGUGUGGAUAUUUGGAAUGAUUUAAAAAAGCAACAUUAAUAUGUUGUCUAUUGCACAAUUAUGGUAUAGUGCAUUUUUUUUAACCAUGUGGCUUCAGUGAAGUUUGGACAGGUAAAUAAUAAAUGUGCUUCUGUUUGAUAUUGUCGAAACUAUUAUAAAACUAUAUUUUUUACUUAAUGAUGAUGAACUCAUAAUGAAUAAAAAUACCUUAAUAUAUUUUUAAAGCAGAACUUAAUCAGAUUGCCACAGAGAACAUUUGUUUUAUUGUCAUCUGCUUGACUUUUGCAGGUUUGUUUUGGGCGCUAUAGAAAU